GAAACUAUUCUAUAUCCGGGAGAAGCAAUGUUUACGGUACGGAUGGCGGGGGGCUAAUGCUAAGUAUCGAGACAGAUUACCUGCGUUUGUGCAUUUAGAUUGUAAAUUACAGCCACUUUGCUCAUCACAAAUGGCUUCUCAGAUCCCCAUAACCGUCAGAGUCCAGCCGGCAGCCGCCAGCUCUGCGGCUCUCCGGGGUAAAAAACGUCCCGGUAGUCCGGCAGUUUCGGCCGGUCCGCAGGCUACCGGGAGCAGCAAGAAGAAGAAAGGACAGUCGACCGCGACACCAACAACACAGACACAAAUAACAGCAGUGGAGCCUGUGGCUGAGGUGAAGGCAGCAGGAACAGCUGACAGUGGUCCAACUGCCACCACAGAGUCCACAACAAAGCCUCCACCUUUCAAAGACCCCACAUUCAUGCACUCUGGUAUUGGUGGAGCGGCAGCAGGUAAAAAGAAUAGGACCUGGAAGAAUCUCAAACAGAUUCUGGCUUUGGAGCGGACUUUAGCUUGGAAGCUCAACGAUCCCAACUACUAUAACAUUGAUGCUCCUCCCUCCUUGAAGCCAAACAAAAAAUACUCUGACAUUUCUGGACUCCCUGCAAACUACACAGACCCUCAGACAAAGCUACGCUUCACAUCUUCUGAGGAGUUCUCCUACAUCCGCCUUCUCCCCACUGAUGUUGUUACUGGCUACCUGGCACUUCGAAAGGCAACUUGCAUUGUACCCUGACAGCCGAGCGAGGCUUGAAAUCCAAAAACCAGAACUGAAUUCACAUCAGUGUAGGCAGAUGUUAGGCCGACGAGGAGACUCUGUGCACAGGCUGCUGACGGAGAGGCAGUUGAGUUUUGAACGCCACUGAAAGGACAACCGCUAAAGCUCAGAUGCUAAAAAUUUGCACUGCUGUCUUUAAGAAGACAAUCCGAGCCAUGGUUACUUCUGUCUGACAAAAUAAAUGGAACAAUUUCGUAAACAUGGAGAAAAUGUCAAGAAGUGUUCGCAGUAGGCAAUUCUUUCGCUUAUUCAUUAAAGCAUAUUUCCUAGAGUCUUAGAUGAUAAUUCCCUUUGGGCCCUUUAUUGCAUCAACACUUUUAACAAAUGUGUGUGGAGCUGUGUACUUGUACAUCACUGUAUGUGGACAUAAUCUGAUUUGGUAAAGAGUAAAGUCCUUUUUGUAAACCGGAAGCAGCCGUUAUUUCGCUCUGUUCAGUACAUCUAUGACCUUUGCUGGUCUGGUGCUGCAUCAGUUAGUUAGUUCGUUUGUGUCAUUGUGUGACUUGAUGGUUUUAAAGGGUUAGUUCAUAUCCGAACUGCAGUGUUAAGACACUAGCUGAUGCAAUCCACUUGACUAAUUCCACUUUUUGUAUCUAUUGGUCAUUUACACUUGAAAAUAUACAGUAUAAAAAGGGCUAUGUUUAAAAAUACUGAACCUUUGUAUAAUAUUUGUAUAAACCCUGGGGAAAUUUGGGAGUUUGGUAUGAAUGAGUUUUUUUAUCUGAUACAUAAAGGUGUUACUGUUACGGUG